UCCGUCUCUACUCUUCUGAAGUUAAAGUAUUGGCAUAUGCAGACGAUAUAGCUUUCUUUUGUGCCGAUAAACGCAGCGUCGACAAUGUCCUUACAAUAACACAAAACUUCUGUGACGCAACCGGCGCACUCGUUAAUAAGGAGAAAAGCGUAGGUUUCUGGUGCGGGCAAUGGGCCACAACACCAUCAGAGUAUGCUGAAAUAUCGUGGAGCUGCAUUGCCCCUCAGUACUUAGGAGUUCCUCUUAACAGUAUCCGUAACAAUGGUCAUUACUGGACUGAACGGGUGUCGAAAAUCAAAUGUCAAGCUGACAAGAUGAAAUCCAACCAGUGGUCAGUUUUCGGGCGAGCUAAGGCCUGUAAUAUGUUUCUCGCCGCCAAACUUUGGUAUAUACUUCAAGUGAUUUGCUGUACCAGAAGCCAUAUUCAAAAAUUCCACAGAGUGUUUGCUACUUUUAUAUGGAGUUCCAAUUGGGAACCUACAAGACGUGAUAACCUCUUUCGCCCCAUCGAUGUCGGCGGUCUCGGACUCAUACACAUCUUUCUAAAGCAAGUAAUAUCUCGAUUUUUAUUCUUCAAAACUGCAUCUCAUCAUUUCCUUCGCACUUACUUACAGACGGAACUCGCGAGUGCAUUACCUUAUUUGGUGGUUACAACGAUACCCGCAAGCACAUCACGUCCUGUGGGGUACCUCAAAGAAGUAGUGAGCGCGAUUGAGUUUCUAACAGCUCGUUUUUCUUUGGAGCAUUUAUUUACGGUUUCACGCAAAGUCUUAUAUGCUGAUCUGAUUGACAUAACGUUCCCUGAACCUUUGUAUCGAAGCAUAUAUAGUGAAGGCCCUGGAAAAGAUGUCCUCAGGCGUGUCCGAAAACUACAUGUCUCGCCUACAGCAAAGUCAUUCUUCUUUAAGCUCCAUACUUCUACGUUACCUGUAAAACCCUGGCUUCGCGAACGUGGAAUUUUUGUGCCGUGGUCAAUCGAUUGUCGCCUUUGUAACCAACCGGAAACUAUAGAGCAUUGUUUUAUUUUCUGCACUGAUGCUUACCUUUUCUGGGAUGUCCUACAAAGGACAUUGAAAAAAGACUUGAAUAUCAAUGCUUACACAAUACGUUUUUUGCCCUUAAAAUUGAAUGAUAGCUUUCCUUACGAUCUGUUUACAUUAAUGGGGUUGCAUAGCCUCUGGAAAACAAGAAUGAUUGAUAGGAAUGCGGACCCUCCCCGAUCUACCAAAUCAAAUUUCAUUGAAACCGUAACGCAUGUACGAAAUGUAUUUAACUACCUUGACGAGCGGCCAGAUUGGUAUGUUCUUUUUGAUCGAUGCAUUAAUCUACCUGACUUUUAGCACGUGCAUUUUGUAUUUAUUUAAUAUUCCUUUCUGUUCCUUCUGUCUGUUCACGACAAUGAGCCUAUGAGAGUAUAAGAUAGAGAAUCAUAUGUAAUGGAA